CAAACAGCUGUGUACCUAUACUUAUCCAAUAUGGCUGCAAGUAAAAAAAUUGUAACGCUGUGAAAAAACUGCAACUCGAAUUGCAUUUUCCGGCCGAGUAUUAUAUAGAAAAGUGCCAGGAAUGUGAAUUUGUGCAAACGAAAGUGGAACACUAGCCGAAAAUCAAGUGCGCGCCAAGAAAUCGCAGCGUUCAAGUGAAAAACGACAAAGUCGCCGGUGCCCCGCCAAAAAAAGAAGACUCCCCCCUCCACUUGCAAACAUUUCUCUCUGGAAGUAAGGAAAAUACUGCGAAAAUGGAAGCCGACAUAACGCCCCUGGCGGAAACCAACGGAGAGCAGCGCGAAAACCCCCGGGAGCGUGCUGAGCACCCAGAGCAACCGCAACCGCGGCAGGAUUUGGCGGCCAAGUCGGUGGGUUCCGCCGACGAUGGCGUCUCCGGAACCGUGGGACAGAUUAUGGAUUACCUCGAGGACGAUGCCGGUGCAACUGCGGAUGGGGACGCGGAGAUGGGCGAGGCGGAGUAUCUGGAUGGCGAGAUGCCGCAGGAGGAGGAAACCGAGGCACCGCAACCGGAGAAAGCCACUGAAGGUUGCCAGGAAGCAAGCAAUAAGCAGGAUUUGCAAGAAGCUGCAGCUAAAGAUAAUGUUUCCAAGGAAAUAUCCGGAGAGGCAGGUGAAAAAGACACCGACAAGGAGAAGGAAGCCACUCAUUUACACGAAGAUAAUAAGUUGGAUGAGAACGACGAGGGCGAAAAGGAUGGCGACGAGGCCGACGAGGCCGACGCAGAUGACGAAGACGAAGCAGAGAAGCUGGAAGAGGAGGACGGCACCGAAGAAGGCGACGAGGCCAUUGAAGAGGACGAGGACGCCAUCGAUGAGGAUGAGGAGCCCACCGAAGAAGUCGAGGAAAUCGACCAGGAAUUCGAGACCGCCACCGAUGCAGAGGGUGAACUAAUCACUGGCGAUGAACCUGGCGAUCUGGCCGAUGUGCCCGUAAGGGAGCGCAAGAAGGAGGAGCCCGUGGACGAGAACCAGUGCCGCGUGUGCACCAGCAAGGAAGAGCUAGUCUGCCUGUUCAAGAAGCAAAUCGAUGCCACGCCCGCGGACAUGCUGCUGGUCAUCUGUCCUAAUGUCUCGAUUUUGCCCAAGGACUUUAUGCCGCAAUUCAUAUGCACCAAGUGCAUGGGCAGCCUUACUAUUGCCAUACAGCUGAGGAAGCAGCUGGAGACCACGGACCAGGAGCUGCGCAAGCGCUUGUCCAGAAGCAAGAAUAAAGUGCGCAGACCCCGCGGCUAUGUGGUCAUAGACGCACCUGUCACCGAUUCCAGCGAGGAUGAGGACGAGCUUGACGAUGAGUUUAAGGUAUCCGAUGUGGCCGGAACCACAAGUGCAGACAGCGACUCUGCCGACUCCGAUGCCAGUGAGAAGAAGGAGAAAAAGAAGCCCGGACCACGCGGGCGUCCUCGAAAAAAACCGCUCAAGAGAGGCACGGACAGCGAUGGGGAGCCUUCAAGCGCCCAGAAGAGGAAAUACCAGCCCUCGUCGACGGCUUCAGUGGGUCCAUUUGAGUGUCCCAACUGCGACUUGACGUUCUCGCGCAAACAAUCCUAUGUGCUUCACCGCAAGACUCACGAAAGAAUAGAGCAUGCCUGCCCCAUUUGCGGCAAGAAGUUCAAGGUGGAGUGGGCCUAUAAGACGCACAUGCAACGGCACGAGCAGGAGCGCGCCCACUUCCGCUGCGAGCUGUGUCCCAAGAUAUUCCGCCUGCGCGCGGAACUGAAGCACCAUAUGGCCCAGCGUCACGACGAGCACGGCUUCAUUUACGAGUGCAAGCGCUGCCAGCGGACCUUCCUCACCCAGCAGCGACUGCAGCGUCACCAGGCCGUCGGCUGUCAGCGGCACAAGGAGGAGACCGUUCGCAUCAAGGAUGAGCAGUCGCGCAUCAAGCAGGAGCCGCGCAGCAAGGAGGACCGCAUGGGCCAUCACGGCAACAACAGCAACAAACGCCGUCCCGGCGAAGGACGGGAUCUUUUCAAGGCGGUAGCACCACCAACCACCACUUACUGGAGCGACAGCUUCUCGGACUAAAGUCGAGGUGCGGCGGUUUGCGGUUGGCGGUUUGCGGAUUUCAUUUCAAACAUUUCUAAUGGACGAUUUUAAGUUUCUCUAGCUGUAGGAAGAAUUCAGUGCAAAUAAAUCACAUUUGUAAUAAAUACAAAAUAACUUUAGUGGAAGUUUUGAAUACAUGUAAACUUCUCAAGCUAAGUAAGUAAGCGAAAAGGCAAAAUAAAAAGUUCGAUUAAUGACAAA